AGCCGCUUAGUGCUUGUAUUGUGCAGAAAUAUUAAAGUUGAUGUUCAUUGCGAAUGAAUUUUUGACAGUUCGAGUUCCGUGCGUUGGCGCAUCAUCUACCUAGGUUGUCCGGCGGCUUUGCAAAAAGUAGAAGCUGGAAGAUGAACAUGACAAAUGACGUACAACAAGACGCAGACAUCAUCACUAAAGAGCGAAAGGAAACGCAGUGCCGCACCGUUGCAUGUCCCGUACUCACCGCACUGGCUACUGUACAGGAGAGUCUUCACUGUUGUACACGACUUUUGUAAAGAAAGUAAUGGAACAGUUUUCAUCUCAAGCCAGAAUGAAUCAAGUAAAGGUGAGCAAGUAGAUCGUGAGACUGUGUAGCGUCAAGAUGCGCCAGCACCGUGUUGAGCACGAGGACCAUCAUGGCCGUGCGUGGAAAGUCAGUACUGCAAGCAUGCAAGAUUCAACAUUUGAAUAGCCGUCUUUCUUCAAUAGCUACGGUUGUGCAGGUUCGGAUAAAAUCAGUUGAGAACAAAAUAUUAUGGUUUCCUCUACUUCCUCUACCCCCACUUCAUCUUCCGCAGCCCGCCCCCGAGCUUCGACCCGCGUGAGUGUAAACAGCGCAUCCCCUGCUGACGCGGCUAUCUCCAGCAUGUCCUCCAAUCUUGUAAUCGGGGGUAUCGAAGUAUGGAAGCGUCAGGUUUGAAAUCGUCAAAGUUGAAAUAAUUUGUAAUGCAUAAAAUGCGACACAAAAAGUGACUUUAUUGCAGAGGACCAACGGGACGCAGAUCAUAGUCCUGGUAAGGGUCAAAAGUUGGACUGCUAACUAGCAUGACAGAAGGCAGCUCUUUUGCCCUAAACCGCAUGACAGACUCGCUUCCAGGACCGGUAAAAUUUGUCAUGCACCGACUACAAACUGUAGGGCUAACUGGUAUCCGUUUUAUGCAUGACAGACUAUUUCUGUGUAGUGGUUUCGGUCGGUUUAGCAUGACAAACUAUUUCAACUUUGACGAUUUCAAUCCUGACACACCCAUACGAAGAGCGCACCCGCGGCCGCCACACCGAGCGGCUGAUCAAGUCCGCAAAAUUGCUCUUUGUCGCGGCCCACGGUAUUGCGAUUGUGCUUGUCGGAUUGAAGGUGUUGCAGUUUGAACGUGUUUGCAAUUUAGAUUCGGUGAGGAACCGGGAAAGGAUCAUUGCCGCGCGGCUGACACCGAGUCCAGAAGACCCAAAUGCGUACCAGCAGCGGCAACUGCCGCCAGACCAACGUCUGCAGGAAAUGCAGGAGGACGACCACGACGACCGGCGCGCUCCGUCGCCGCAAAUGUUCGAGUUUUUCACAACCGGAGCUGGCUCGGAAGGUGGCGGAAGGAAUAGAAAUUUGUUGUCAACAGCACGAACAGACGAAGUAGAAGAUGCGGCAGAAGGACCCGUGCCUGUAGUGGCUGCAGCAGAAGAUGAAGAGAAAGUAGGUAAUACCAGAGCAGGAGAGGCACGGGUACGAAACAGCGAAGACUACAAAGGUCGUGAACAUCUUGUGCAGAAAGCAGGAUCGGAAGAUGCGACAAGUGUGGCGGCUCCGGGUUUAGAUGCCAUUCCGCCACCGCGUUCUGACACGAUACUAGAAAGAGCAAGAACUUCAGCAACAUCGGCCGCAAACGGGCUUCUACGGGGUCCUAGUGCUACAGGCGUCUUUGAAGAAGAAAAAACAGCAUCACCAUCACCACCUUCGUACCCAGCCAGCGACCUAGUCUCAUCGGAAGCUUCUUCACCGUCCAGUGAGGUAGAUCAAGAAAAGAGUAAGAGGAGCGAUCUUCUCGAGGGUCAACAUGUAGAAGCGACAAAACCUCCCGCAAGACAAGAUGAAGAUCGAUCUCCACCGACCCUUCCUUCUCUUCUCAAAGCCGUCGACGAAGAAAAACAAAACCUGCAGUGGUCGACGGUGUUCUGGCCGGUUUUCGCCUUUUACCCUCUGGGCUUUGUCCUCCUGCUGCUCAGCUGGUUCUCCUCCUGCAGCUACAUGAAAUCCUGUUUGCGGGAACGCAGAGCGCAGCUGCUCGGGUCGCCGAAUAAUCCCAGUUUGAUCACCGAGGUGACGCCCAGGAUUUUGAUUGGCGUCGUGGCGGUUUUCUUCCUCUUGAUUUCGCUGAUCGCGGAAGUCUCGCUGUACCGGUUUUUAUCGAAGAAAAUCCCGCUCACCUGGACCUACGACCACACGACAGAAACGAAAAUCACGUGCGACCCGGACAUCGCCGGAACGACCUCGCACCCCGCGAAAUACGUCAGCAUAUCAAAGUGAAAAAAGCCCCCACCCCAUAUCGGAAACGGAAGAUGCGCGAAUUUGUGAUGCUGUAUUUGAGUACACAAAUGUAUUGCUAGAAGGCCAAGAGACGAAGCUGCGGCCUCAAUCGCAGGCAAUCUGUCAUGCUGUUUCCGACUUCCAGUUGUGUUGCCUUUUGUCAUCCUGGAGCU